GGAAUGUGCUUUUAUGACAAUAACAUGGCAUUAGAGAUUGUAUUACUGUAAACUUCAUAAAGAAAAUUUGUGGGAAUUGAACUCAAUUCUGUACCAUAUAAUUGCAAGUUGAACAGCGUCUGGAAAUCACCUACUACCCAACACCACUGUACAUAUGUGAGCAACCAACCUUGGCAGCUUUAAUCAAAGCCAUGAAUGUUUUAAUUUAUAAUGGAAACGGUGCUUCAAAAGCAUGUUUAAGUCGGACUUUUCAAUGUCUUUUUCCAUUUGUGGUGCCACAAUAUUCUAUGCGAUAUGUAGACGCUUAUACUCUGGAGCAUGACCCUUGGACAGGCAAUACUGCUCUAUUAGUUAUACCAGGAGGUAGAGAUUUGGGUUAUUGCAGCUCAUUCAACGACAUCAUUUAUCGGAAAAUUAAAGAAUAUGUUCGUCGGGGUGGAAGCUACCUUGGUCUUUGUGCUGGUGGGUACUUUGCAUCAGCCAAUGUUGAUUUCCGUAUGCCUGACAAAGAUCUGAAUGUCAUUGGAUCAAGAAAGCUUCAGUUUUUUCCAGGUACUUGUGCCGGUCCUACAUUUCCUGGGUUUGCCUAUGAUAGUGAAGAGGGUGCGAGAGCCGCUCCUUUAAUAUUAGAGCAAAUGAAAGGAUCCAAUCCAACAACAACAACGACGCGCAUUUAUUAUAAUGGAGGUGGAUCAUUUGUAAACGCUGAGUCUUAUCCCAAGGUUCGAGUUGUAGCACGUUAUACCGAAGUGGAAAAAGAACGUUCAGCAGCAAUUAUCUAUAUACCCAUUGGUAGCGGGCAUGUCGUCUUGACAAGUGUUCAUCCAGAAUUCGGUUCUGACGGCAAUAAUAUACUGGAUGAAUAUGAUGAACCAAUGCGACUUGAACUCAUCGCGCAUAUACUAAAGCUUCUUGGGCUCAAAGUUCCUGAAAAUAUUUCAGAAUGCUGUGCUCAACCAAAGGUUACCGAUCAGUAUUUAAUUCCUUGCAAUGAAUCCACAAAUCGGUUAUUUGAUCGGUUUAAGGAAAACAAUCUUCACAAUACGCUCGAUGAUAAAACUUACAACUUUCACUUUAAAGAUCUCUCAGACCAUCAGGUUGUAUCAGAGUCGUCGACAUCUAAUCUUGCUUCAAUUGAUGAGCUAGGCCAAGAAAUGAAACCAUCUGUUUGUAUUUGCUAUGGUAAUGAGGAAGCUGAAUACGAGUAUACCAAGUCCCACUUUGAUUACAAACUGUAUUUAAUGAAUCUAAAAGAUUGUCACUUUGGAUCACCCAUUCUUAUAUCGCCCGUCAUUCGUUCUACCCAAACUCUCUUUGACAGAAAUCCCAAAUUUCUUGAAGGACUUCCUACCGGGUUUACUGCAUUUGCUAAUUACCAAACUGAAGGAAGAGGAAGAGGACAAAACAUGUGGGUUUCCCCUUAUGGAGUGCUUGCAUUUUCUUUUAUUAUAAACGUUCCAUCCCACAGUUUUAGCACAACUCCCGUGGCUCUAUUCCAAUAUUUGAUGGCCCUGUCCGUCGUCAAUGGGAUUCGAAAUUAUGGCCCCGGCUAUGAAGAUAUACCCGCAUUUAUUAAAUGGCCCAACGAUGUUUACGCAUGUGUCAAUGAAGGUGGACCUUUGUAUCCCAAAAAAAAAUAUAUGAAACUCUCAGGGAUCAUUGUUACAUCUACAUAUGAAAAAGAUGUCUUGCAUUUAGUCAUUGGAUGUGGAGUGAACGUGAGCAAUUUGGGACCUACGGUAUCCUUGAAUGCAUUAGUUGAUGAGUUGAACAAGCAUCAUCCAGAGAGAUCCUUAAAGCACUUCCAGUUUGAAAUUUUACUAGCUAAGAUUUUUAAUUAUUUUGAGCAUUAUUACUACACGCUUCUUCAAGAUGGGUUUGCACGAAUCUUGCCGGAAUAUUAUCAGCAUUGGCUUCAUAAUGAACAAGUCGUUAACUUGCCGACUGGUGAGAAAGCUAGGAUCAAAGGCAUCACUUCUGAUUUUGGCUUAUUGGUUGCUGAUCUUCUUACUGAUUCCGGAACGACCUAUGGCAAAAGUGUUUAUCUGCAGCCCGAUGGAAAUAGUUUUGAUUUGAUGAAGAACUUAAUCACAAAAAAGACUUAAAAGUCUACCUUUAAAAUCUAUCUAUAUAUAUGAUGUAUACAGUUUCAAUCUUUUAGGAUUUAAUUUGAUGAUUCCCCUGCCAGUUCCAAGUUUUAGUCCGGCUUGUUAACGAUGUUCAACAAUUCUUUCAGACUAAAUACUGGUUGAGAGCAGUGUAUUUUCUAAAUAACAAUUUUUGUUGCCCUUUUUCGACAUAGCUUACAUAAUGCCUACGAAUCAACUGCUAGAAAGAAAAGAGUUAGAUAUGUAAUAGACUUCCGAGAGGACAGAAGCCAUUUUUUCUCAGUACAAAG